AUGUUCGCCCUGGGAUUAUGGGCCGCUCGCCGCACCGAUCAUCGUAACGCCGCCGGGUUGCUGGUAGCCGGCCGUGCGAUGCCACUGUGGAUUGGGGCUUUUACGAUGACCGCCACCUGGGUCGGGGGCGGUUACAUUAACGGCACGGCCGAAGCCAUCUACGAUCCGGCCCGGGGGCUGGUCUGGGCGCAGGCGCCCUGGGGGUACGCGCUGAGCCUCGUCGUCGGAGGGCUCUUCUUCGCUUACCCCAUGCGCCGCCGUCGCUAUACCACGUUGCUCGAUCCUUUCGAACAGCGUUACGGUCCCAGGGUUGCCUCGGUGUUGUUCCUCCCAGCGUUGGUGGGUGAAGUCUUCUGGAGUUCCGCCAUUCUGGUGGCGCUGGGAACCACCUUCGGAACCAUCUUCGAUAUCGACACCCAAACCGCCGUGUUGAUCUCGGCAGCCGUGGCGAUCGCCUACACGGUGGUGGGUGGACUCUGGUCGGUGGCCUACACCGAUGUGGCACAACUAACUUGCAUCUUUCUGGGGCUGUGCGGCGCACUGCCGUUUGCCAUGGCUCGCAGUGGUGGGCUGCAGGAGAUGUGGUCUCGUUACCAAGAACAGUUCGGCCAGGCGGCUUCGCUGGUUCCACCGCUUCAGUCGUUUUCCGGCGGAGGGGCCUGGGGCUAUAGCGGCUGGAUCUGGAUCGACAUGUCGCUGCUGCUCAUCCUGGGUGGUGUUCCCUGGGGUGUCUACUUCCAACGCGUGUUGGCCUGUCGCGAAGCCCGUCAUGCCGUGUGGCUUUCGUUCGCAGCCGCGGUAGGUUGCCUGCUGUUGGCCGUGCCGGCCGUGCUGAUUGGCGCCGCAGGCGCAACCGCCGACUGGUCGACCGUGAUGGCCGACGCCCCCGAGCCGGCCUUGGUCUUGCCUUACGUACUGCGUUACCUCACUCCGCCAGCGGUGGCGGUGAUUGGUCUGGGCGCCGUGGCGGCGGCCGUGAUGUCAUCGGUCGACUCGUCGAUUCUUUCGGCCUCGUCGAUGUUCGCUUGGAAUGUCUACCGCCCCUUGUUGCGUCCGGGGGCCAGCGAUAUGGAGAGCCGCCGAGUGGUGCGGGGGGCCGUACUUGUGAUUGGUUCGUUUGCCACGGCCUUGGCGAUUUCGGUCAACAGUGUGUAUGCCCUGUGGUAUCUCUGUGCCGACCUGGUGUACGUCAUCCUGUUUCCUCAAUUGGUCGCCGUAUUGUUCUUUCGCCGGGCCACCACGGCCGGCUCGCUUGCGGCGGUUGUGGUGGGCUUUGUCUUGCGGUUGGGCGGCGGUGAACCGAUCCUGCAUCUGCCGGCGUUCUUGCCGUAUCCCAUGCAAGAUGCUGAUGGGGUGAUCUACUUCCCGUUUCGCACCUUCGCCAUGCUGAUGAGCCUGGCCACGCUGUGGAUUGUUUCGUGGUUCACCUACGAUGCCUCCACCGAUGCAGGUAGGCUUGAUGGUUUUCACCUCUCGGAUGCGCCUUAUAUGCCCCUGACCGAUUAUCUCUUGUACCGUGUGGCGAGGAAUUGGCCUUCUCCCAUGGCGGAACUGAAAUCGCGCAUGAGUGCUGAAAUCGGUUCCGACGAGUACUACCACCAAUACGCCCUCGAGCAAUUCAAUCGCUGCGUUCGCAACGGCAUUGGUAUCCCAGUGGCCGACAAGACGGUGCUGGAAAUUGGCUGCGGUCACGGCGGAAUCACUUGCUUUCUUGCGGCCGCGGGGGCGAAGUCGGUCGUCGGGCUCGAUCUUGAUCCCAAACGCCUGGCAUUCGCUCGUGAGGUAGCCAGACGCAUGGCCGCCCGCAUUGGCUGCGAGCAACUGCAUGUCCACUUUCUCUUGGCCAGUGCCGUCGAGUCUUCGCUGGCCGACGAAUCAUUCGACAUGGUCUUGGCCGACAACGCCUUCGAGCAUUUCUACGAUCCCGAAGCGGUAUUGCGAGAAUCGUUCCGUAUGCUGCGUCCGGGCGGGCACGUGGUGGUGCCGAACUUUGUUUCGAUCUACAGUCGGCACGGGGCGCAUCUGAAGAACGGUCUCAAGCUUCCCUGGCCGAACGUGUUGUUCAGCGAGCAGACCGUUGUCCGCGCAGUACAACGAAUGGCCGAGGACAACCCUGGAUUGAAAGACAUCUACCCCGGUCUGCGAGGUGAACCGAAACAGAUCCGCGAUCUUCGUGCCCACCGCGAUCUCAACGGCAUCACGCAUGGAGCCUUCCGCAAAAUGGCCCAACGCGUGGGUUUCAACAUCAAAUGGCUCAAGCCCAAUGCCACCCGAGCUGGCUUUUUUCUCAGGCCCAUCCCCCCGCUAACCAUUCAAAUGGACGUUCAAGAUAAAGCUGCCAUCGUCACGGGCGGUGGGACCGGAGUCGGCCGCGCGACCGCACUCGACCUGGCCCGUCGCGGCUGCUCGGUGCUCAUCAACUACAGCCGCUCGCAGGCCGAAGCCGAACAAACGGCCGCCGAUAUCGAAGCCCACGGGGUCAAAGCCAUCGCCAUCAAGGCCGACGUGGCCGACGACGAAGCCUGUAAGAAGAUGGUGCAAACCGCUGUCGAUGCCUUCGGGGGUCUGCACAUUCUGGUGAACAACGCCGGUACCACGUCGUUCAUCAAUCACAACGAUCUCGAUGCGGUGACCGACGAAGUGUGGGAUCGAAUUCUGUCGGUCAAUCUCAAAGGCGCCUUCCAGUGUGCCCGUGCGGCCAAAGAACCUAUUGAAGCCAGCGGGGGAGGGGAGAUCGUCAACGUUUCGAGUGUGGCCGGGGUGAUCGGCGUGGGAAGCUCGAUUCCUUACGCCUGCUCGAAGGCCGCGUUGAACAACCUCACCGUCAUGCUCGCGCGAGUGAUGGCCCCCAAGAUUCGCGUCAACGGUGUUGCCCCCGGGUUCAUCGCCGGUCGCUGGCUGGAAAAGGGGCUCGGCGACAAUUACGACGCGAUGAAGAAAGCCUACGAGCGCCGCCUGCCUGCGAAAGAGAUUUGCGACCCCGAGGAUGUUUCUGCCGCCAUUCUCAGCCUGAUCACUGGAUCGGACCUGGUGUUGGGCCAAACCCUCGUGGUCGACAGCGGCCUGGUCAUCAUGUCGAUCGAAUUCUUCCAAGCGAAACCGCGAGUGGCUGGCUUCGUUCAGUUGACGAAACGCCGCAUUGGCCACCUGCGAUUGUCGGUCGUCGACCAGCACAACUUCGUAGUCCCAAGGGAGAUCUUCAAAAGCCUCAUCGAUAUGAAGGCGUACUUCGCCCGCGGGCGCAACAUCUUUCCUUCGAGCGUCCAUACCUAUUGGCCUCGCCUUUUGGGGCUCGCUCUCUGCGCUAUCGUUCUGCUCGCCUCUCCGCUGCCGGCCGCCGAACCACCUGCCGGCGAUUUCUACGGCGACCCGAUUCCACCCGGCGCGGUCGCCCGCUUGGGCACCAUUCGUUUUCGUCACGGUGGCGACACCGUCUACCAGAUCCGGUUCUCGCCCGACGAUCAACUGCUGGCCUCCGCCGGUAAAGACAACUUGGUUCGCGUCUGGGAUCCUCACACCGGGCAACAGCUUCACCGGCUGGAAGGUCAUGCCGGCGAAGUUCGUGAUCUGGCGUUCUUUCCCGCCUCCGACCGGCUGGCUUCGGUCAGUUGGCUCAGCAGUGGUAAUAACGAUCAAACGCUCUGCAUUUGGGAUCUCGCCACCGGGGAGAUGAUUCACCGCAUUGGUCUGCCGGGUCACGGAAGUCUAUGCGUGGCGGUUUCGCCCGACGGCAACACCGUGGUUACCGCCGCCGACGAUGGCGAUGUCGACCUGUGGGAUGCCAACUCGGGUGAGAAGGUCAGCACCAGUUCGAUGGCCUCGGUCGCGCUUCGCUCGCUGCUGUUCUUGGACGAUGGUCGCACGUUGGCUUCCGGUUCCAUCUACGAACGCACCACCGAUCCCGGCUUCGCGCUCACCGUGCUCGACCUCGACGGUCAGCGGCCCAAGCAGACGUUUGAGUUCCAGCUGAACACCCGUAAUCGAACCUCGGACAUCGACCCUCGCACUGGUGCCGGAUGUAUCCUUUCACCCAGUGCCGACCGUGGUAUCGUGGGCGUCGCCACCAACGAUGGCGUGGUCCGCUUCUUCGAUGUGGCCACGAAGGCGUUCACCCACGAAAUCAGUGGGCUGCCGAACAAGACAACGGCUCUUUCGCCCGACGGCAAGUACGUUGCCAGUGGUCACCAGGGCAUCUCGCUUCGCGAUCGCACGCGGGUUGAACAGGCCGACAACUUCUGGUCGGGCGAUGCGUUGAUCUCCGCGCUCGACUUCUCGGCCGACGGGCAGCAACUUGUCGCCGCCACAGAUACCGGCAUCCUCCGCUUGUGGGAUAUCGAAUCGUCCGAAGACCUCAUCGAGCCCGGGCCCACGCACGACCGCUGGGUAAAGGCCAUCGCCUUCUCGCCCGAUGGGAGCUGUGUAGUGACUGGUGGCAUGGACGACAAGCUCCGUUGUUGGAAUGUCGCGACCGGCGAGCAACUCUGGUCGAUCUCCGCCCGUACGAAUGUGCUGGCCAGCACGGUGCUCGAGUUCACUCCCGACGGAGACGAAGUUCUUCUGGGGAUGCGGCACAAUCGCGAAGUUGAACUUUACGACGCCGAGACCGGCGAGAAGUCCCAAUCGAUCACCACGGCCGCCCACGGCGAUGUAUUGGCCCUGUCGCGAGAUCAGCGGCUGCUCGUUCUGGCGCGGGCGAACAACGGUGUGGAGAUGGUCGACCUGGAGAAUGGUGUAAAGAAGCAGGUCGGUGAAGGCUCACGCGUUCGAAUGGACGCCGUGGCGAUUGCUCCCGACGGAACCACUGUGGCCACAGCGUCGCGCUCCGGCGGACGGAACGAAGAACCGGUCGUUCGCCUGUGGGAUAUCGAUCAGCAAACCGAGCCCAUCCGUUCGCUGAUGGCUCCCGGCGACGACAGCAACAAGGUUUACGGGGCCGACUUUGUCUGCUUCUCACCCGACGGGCAAUACGUCGCGGCCGCCUCGCAGCAGGCCAUCCUCGUGUGGGACACCGCCAGCGGUCGCCUGUUGUGGGAGUUCCCCUCCAGCGGCAAUCGCAUCUGGCCCAUUGCGUUCUCGCCCGACUCGCGAUUGCUGGCCACCGCCGACAACAGCGAAAUCGUGCUGUACGAACUCGCCACCGGCGAAGAGGCCGCACGGCUCACCGGCCACGAAACGUACCUGACCUGCAUCGUGUUCCAUCCCGACGGGCAACACCUGGCAACCGGAGCUUGGGACGGCACCACGCUGGUUUGGGACCUAAGCACCCUGGCCGACGAACUUUAUUCGCAAUCACCCUCGCUUGAUGAACGGCUUUCGAAACUGUGGCAAGCCCUCGACGAUCUCGAUUCCCACCGCGGUCAGUCUGCCGUAUGGGCAUUGGUCCGCCACGGGCAAGCGGCCGUCGAUCUAUUGACCGAGAAGCUCGAACCCGAGCGAUUACCGGUGAUCGACAAGAGCGAGCUGUCCACCAUGCUGCUCGAACUCGAAGACGACGAGUACGCCACCCGCGAGCGAGCGAUGGACAAGCUGGCCGCCCUCGGCGCGGCGGUCACGCCUCACUUCGAAGCGGUGCUGCAAGCCACCCCGUCACUCGAACUCCGCAGCCGCAUCAUCCGCCUGAUGCGGGAGCAAGAAGAAAGCCUCUACGAGAUCGAUCCCGCCGAACUCCUCACCCUCCGCUCGAUCCAGGUUCUAGAACAAAUCGCCACCGAACCCGCGCGACAACUCCUGGAGCACUUAGCCACUGGUGAUGCUGAGCAACUGGCUACGAAGGCUUCACAACGGGCGCUGGGUCGAAUUGAACGACGUUUUCAAGACGGUCUCAUCGACAGGUAG